AACUCAAUUCUAACAACCACACCCAAACAACCCCUGGGCUAAUGAUUCUAUAAUUAUCCGAAUAGAUAAAUUGUUAUCUCAAAUACUUUAUCCUCCAUCAUGGACGAUUUCUAUCAACCUCUCACAAAUUCUACCGAUAGAAUCGACACCUUGAAAUCAGAAACCUGGUUCACAUAUGUCCUCGCCUCUAUUCGUGCAGUCCCUUUACCUAUCAUUCUCAGUAUUGCUUUAGCGCCAGCUCUCGUGAUCAUAGCUACGAGAUUAGUGAGCGAGCGGCCGUCGGAAAAGGUAGAGGGAAAGGAUGGCAAGACCGUUUGGAUGCCGGCUUAUUGGGUGCCGGGUAUAGGCCAUGUUCUUGCAUUGUAUGUGUGUUUCAUGUGUUAUUUUGAAAAGAAUGGAAAUUUGGAGCGUGAAAACUGAUUAGAUGAUAGUUUGAUGAAUGGGGAGAAAUUGGCAAGUGAUUUAAGGUGAAUAAGAAUAGGAAUGACCUUGGUUGAAUAAAAUGGUUGCUGACUGAUGUGUAGGGAUCAGAGUGCUCAUGGUGAGUUCAGCUCGAAAUAUUUCUUAUAUCUGACAGAGUUGUAUAUUUGUGGCCAUUUGGAACUACCGGGAUUCGGAGAUCAAGGCUCUUAAUGUUCCAACACUACUGAUGCAUUGAGCUAGGCAUAUUUGCACUUAAUCUUGGAGGCUCUACACAUAAUAUCAGUAAGUCCUUGCUGUUUCUUGAGUAGCUAUACAGAAACUAAUCAGUGCAGUAUCGAAUCCAAACCUAGUUAAGGGGUCAGUAUUGGCGAGGGAGCUUUUUUGUAUCAAUGAUCACUGAUACUGUUUUAGAGUAUUGCAGAAAAGAGAAUCGGAAGUUACAUUCAAACAUGUCGCCAUGAGUCUAGCAUCGAAGGUAAGUAAUCCAAUGCCACGGACUAACGCCGUGGGUUGGUCAUAUAUUUUGCGUUGCUAAGAAUUGUUGUAGUUCUUCGGGAUACCCAAAAGUGCAAAGAAGAAAUAUCUAGACAAUUGGGAAGUAAGAAAGCUCCCUUCCCGCCACUCCACUAAGCUAAAUCUUAUCUCCAGGAAUACACAUCGGCUUUCAAUUAUCUCAUGAAGGAACCAUAUCUUAGUACCAUGCUGAAUGGAACUAUGCGCAAUCUUGAAGGACUCAUUCCACAAAUGGUUUCAUUUCUAGAUAGCGAAAUAGAUCAACAUCCAUGGGAAAAAUGGGCCAAUGCUGAGUACAUCUCAAAGGAUGAAAUGGAAGUUGAUCUCAUGGCCCUGAUACGAGAUAUACUUGGACAUGCUUCCGUUUCUAGUGUUUUCGGUCGUGCGUUUCUAGAAAAUAGUCCUCAUAUUCUGCACGACAUCUAUGAAAUGGAUCGUGGUAUGAUGUAUUUCAUCAUAGGGCUUCCAUGGUUCACUCCUUGGCCUGCUGUUGCAAGAGCUCAUUUUUCUCGUUAUCAAGUUAAAGAAAGUGUGAGAAGAUUUCACGAAGCUCUCGAUGCUUCAGUGGAUGGAAAGCAUGUUGACUCUUCUUGGGGCGAUUUGGAUGAUGUCAGCGACUUUAUCAUGAGGAGACACGAACUGUUCAGAAGUAAGAUUUUAAGGAGACAUAUUCUGAAUAUAGAUUAACAAUGUGGUAGAACAUGGACUAAAACCAAAUGAGCGUGGAGACGUAUCCGUAAGCCAACAUCCCUUCCACUUCCAACAUCACACGUCUAAUGCUAGUCCUAGAUUGUCUGGGCCCUUGUAGUUAACUCUACUCUACUCGUCUACUGGCACCUCCUCUACAUUCUCUCCACCCCCGAUCUCGCCGACAAGAUCCGCGCCGAGAUCUCCCCUACGCAACCAUUUCCCCGGCGAAAAAUCGGCUCAUUCUCAGAAGCUCCACGUAUCCACCUUUCCCACGAAGACCUUUCCAAUAAAUGCCCCCUCUUCAAAUCCACCUAUCUAGAAGCCUUACGUUUAUCUUCCCAGCCCGCAUCUGUCCGAAAACUCGAAAAUGACAUCACCCUAACCGAUGCUGCAUCUAAUAAAGACACUGAUAAAACCUCCGCAGCCACUUACAUCCUCCGCAAAAACGAAUACGUAACUCUCCCCCAUGACCUCCACAUGCGCGACCCCUCCUACUUUACCUCCCCCACGACAUUUAACCCCGAACGUUUCCUCAGCACCGACGAAACCGGUCAAUCCUCCGUCGACUCCCAAACUAUUCGUCCCUAUGGUGGCGGACCUAGUAUGUGUAAAGGCCGCGUAUUCGCCGAAAGAGAAUGUCUUGCUUUCGUAGCUGGGAUCCUCAUGUAUUGGGAUCUGGAGCCUGUUGUUCAGAAAGGAGAGAAGAAGGGGAAAUGGAGGAUUCCUGGGAUGAUAAAAACUAGUGCGGUUUGCUUACCGGAUAAGGAAACGAGGGUGAGGAUAAAGAGACGAGUUUUAUAAGAGGAUGCUAGAAGGUGGCUGAGGGUCGAUAUUGCGGUAGUUAUCACUAACGAGUUCAACUCCAUUGUAGAGUAGACGACUGCAUGCGAAACCUCCAGACUUUGAAACAGAUAUUUGAAUUAGGCGAGCAAACCUU